CACACGAAGCGACCAAAUUUUAUUUUACCUCACGUUGGCGUGCAUCUGGUGCCUCAUCCCCCCCUUCUCGCCCGCGGGUUCACCCUAACUUGUCGGAUCCCCCCCCCUCCGUGCUCCAGCUAGAAAACAUGCCCACCGCCGAAUGCUGCCGAAACCGUUACGCGAAAAAUGAGGGAAAACCUGAAGCACCGCCACGUGCGGCGAACCCUGACGCUGUUUCGACACCCAGUUGAUACGCUCUACUACCUCUCGAUCAUCUUGCGAGGACACGUCCAGUGGCUGGCGACUCAAAUGCAGCACCACAAAAAAAAGCUGUUGCUAAUUCUUGUGCUAAUUUGCUCGUUUUUCACCGGCAUUUACACAAAUUGGACCUAUCAACUGCACUUCCGAACCGCCUGGACCGCCUUGCGCAUUCUGACCUGGUGGGUCUUCUUGGGCUUCUUGAGCUCGUUCGGAGUCGGGACCGGACUGCACACGUUCGUCCUCUACCUGGGCCCGUUCAUAGCCAGGACCACUCUCGCCGCGACCGAGUGCCAAAGCGUCAUCUUCGACCGAUACGGGCCCGAUGCGUUCACCUGCACGACGCGCGGCGCGGAAGCCCCGUCAUUCUUUUCAAUUUGGAGCAUGGUCAUUUUCGAGGCCUUCUUUUGGGGCCUCGGCACGGUCAUCGGAGAGCUACCCCCGUACUUCAUCGCGAGAGCCUCCAAAAUGGCGCAGGACAGACUAAGAGAAACGGAAGACAGCAUCGAGGGACCUCACGGCCCGCCGAGCAAGGACGACUCGGCUCCCUCUCUCAAGCCCGGCGCUUCAUUGCUGUCCGGCCCCCUUGACGCGCUCCGCGGUCGCUAUUCGAAGCUGCGCCAAUACGCGACCUCGCGACUCAAAAAGAUCGGCUUCUGGGGCAUCUUGUUGUUCGCCUCCGUCCCCAACCCGUUCUUCGAUUUGGCGGGACUGACGUGCGGACACAUGCUGAUUCCCUUCAGAGUGUUCUUUUUCGCGACCUUUUUGGGCAAGGCCGUCAUCAAAAUGUCUAUACAGACCGUUUUUGUGAUUGUGGUCUUUGACAUGAACCGGCUGACCUCGUUGGUCCGACUCGUCGACCGAAGCGCCCCCUGCGUGGGCGGCCGCGUCAGAGCCGCCUUCGACCAGUUCCGCGAGCAGUACUACCAGCCCCAGUCUGGCGACGGCGCGCUGAAAAAAACCGUCCAGGCCUCAUCCGGUGGACGGUUCAAAUUGGUGUGGAGCGUUUUUAUCUGGGUUACGAUCAUGUACUUUUUGACGUCAACGAUCAAUUCCACCGUUCAGGAGUAUCUGGCCAAGCAGGACGAGGAGAAACGAAUUUUGAAGACAAACCCCGAAAACAAGAGGCAAAAAUAACAAUAAAAAAAAAAAGAGGUUAGACCGAUCUGGCAAG